AUAAGCUGAGAGAAGGAAGCAGAAUAGCUGGAAAGACCAGGGAUCACCUCCCACACUUACUCCAGCAGCUGACGGGCGACAGAGCCGCUGCAAGUGGCAUCCCCAGGCCUAGAGGGCGUCCCAAGGAUCCCCAGACCCAGCAGCGCACCCACCAUGCUGCCCUGCCUGGCCCUGCUUCUCUUGGCGGGGCUGUCCAAGGGCGCCACGGCAGGCCACAGCGGAGAGGAACUGGUACCCAGCCCUAAAGCUCGGCCCUGGGUGACCGUGACCCUGGAGGUCGCCGUCCCCAGCAUUCAGCUCCAGCUGCAGGAGGCCAAGCGGUUCUUCGGGCUGAUGGGGAAGCGGGUGGGAGGUGUCCCUCGGAUCUGGCCAGGGCUGGCAGGGCAUCAGCUGGGAGAAGCGGAACAAGGCCUCCUGGGCAGGGGAGGACUCUCGACGGAAGCGCCCUCCCCAGGCACGGAGGAUGAGGACCCAGGUUCAGAGUGAGAGGACCCACAGGACGCUUCCCAGAGAAUGCCACCUCCUCUUCCGGAACAUCACAGACCAGGCAGCAGGCCGACUCUACCCCGCGUCUCCUGUCCUCGACGCUGGCCCUCACUGCACUCAGUGAGUCUCUUCCAGGACUGGGCGUUGGGCAGUGGUGGUAUACAGGUGUGCUGUGUCACUCUCUCCAGCUGGAGCAACCCUGCCCUCCCCUGAACUUCCGUCACAGCAUCACUGGGCCAGCCUCGCAUUCUGUACCCACAUCCGGCACAGCUGGGGGCUAAUAAAUGAAAGACCAGUGA